ACAGAGGAAUGAAAAACAAUACCUCGAGGAAGCUUUUUCCACUUCAUAAUUUAACCAAACCGCAUUUCUCUGCUUACAGUGACAUUUUAUAUUUCUCUGCUUCCAUCAAUCCAAAAGGGGUUUCUUCUUUUUCUUUAUUCUCGUCUCGUUCAUCUUCAUAAACAUUUCAUCGUUUUUUGGAUGUGAUAUCACCUAGCUUUCCUUGUUUGAGAUUUGUUCAUGUCUAUAUUGUUAGAGCUUAUCAUCUGAGAUUCCUUCUAUGGAAAACUCUGAUAACAACUUCUCUAGUGGUGGUCUUAACUUGAAAGCUACCGAGUUGAGACUCGGGUUACCUGGCUCUGAGUCACCGGAGAGGGAGAAUGAAAACUCACAGCUGAGUAUUGGUUUAAACAAUAACAAUAACAACAUCAACGGCAGCAGUAGUAAUAGUAAGUGCUUUGUGUCAGGUGCUAAAAGGGGUUUCUCUGUUGCCAUUCAUGGUGGUUCCGGCAACUGGUUCUCUGGCAGUGCUGGAUCUGAGCCUGAUUUUUCUCCCAGAGGAGCUAAUGCUGGAAAAGUGAUUGCUGGGUCGGAUUCUGGUCCGGUUGUCAAAGAAGGUGUGCCCCAGUCUCCGAAAACAGUCGCGCAGGAUAAGAAGAAUCAAAUUACUGGAGUUAAUGGCCAUGGAAUCGCUCCUGCUUCUAAAGCUCAAGUUGUGGGAUGGCCACCAAUCCGUUCCUUCCGAAAGAACACAAUGGCUUCUCAUCCUCCAAAGAAUGAUGAUGAUGCAGAAGCCAAGUUGGGAUCAGGAUGUCUGUAUAUUAAGGUCAGUAUGGAUGGUGCUCCUUAUCUGAGGAAAGUUGAUCUCAAAACCUAUGGCAGCUAUACGGAUCUUUCUUCAGCACUGGAAAAAAUGUUCAGCUGCUUCACCAUUGGUCAGUGUGGUUCUCAUGGAGUUCCCAGCCGAGAUGGAUUGAGUGAGAGGCGAAUAAUUGAUCUCCUGCACAGUUCUGAAUAUGUGCUCACCUAUGAAGACAAAGAUGGCGAUUGGAUGCUUGUCGGUGAUGUUCCUUGGAAGAUGUUCACUGACACUUGUAGGAGGCUGAGGAUCAUGAAAAGUUCAGAGGCAAUUGGCCUAGCCCCCAAGAGCCAUGGAGAAGCGCAAAAGUCGUAACUAGUGAGGUAUUGUCACUAUAGAUGGAUAGUAUCCUCUCCAGGCAUAUGAUCACAGAUGCUUCUGCUACUUGAUUGUCGAAAGCCUUUCAUGGGUCUCAAAAUUGAGUCCUUCAUUUCCGAUUUAUGUAUGUUUCUAGAUAUUGUAUUAGGACUUGGUUGUACUAAAAACAAUCUCUUUCCAGUAGGCAAGAUAAAAUGUUGUGAACACUCAGGUGUUAUAGGUUUUGUGUUCUCCCCCAGGUUUCUUAUGUAAUCUGAUUUCUGGAUGAUCAAGGCUACAAAUAUUGUCUGAAUAUUGUUUGUUCUCUACCCCCCUGUAAUUGAUUGUUUGAUGUAUAUGAUUGAUUGCAAGUUGCAAGAUUGUGGAUGGAAA